AUGAACGCUAUUAAGUCUCACUUGCAAGAAACUCAUCAAAGACUUUUCGUUCGAGUUUUACCCUCUGGAGAACAAACAAAAUGCCGUGAAGUGAAGGCGUCCAUUGAAGAUUAUUUAUUAGAUCAGUCAUGUACAAGGGAUACAUGUCUUAUUGCAUUAGGUGGAGGUGUUAUGGGUGAUCUCGUCGGUUAUGUUGCUUCUACAUUUAUGCGCGGAGUUCCUUUCGUUCAAAUACCUACCACUCUUUUGGCCAUGGUCGAUUCAAGUAUUGGCGGUAAAACGGCGAUUGAUACUCCCCGUGGUAAAAACUUGAUUGGUACUUUUUGGCAACCAAAACGUAUUUAUUUAGAUUUAUCCAUGUUGGAAACCCUUCCUAGAAGAGAAUUUGCAAAUGGUAUGGCUGAAGUUAUUAAGACAGCGGCUAUAUCAAGUGAAUUAGAGUUUAUUAAACUUGAACAAGGAAAAGACAAAAUUGAGUCAGCUUUAAUGGGCUCAAAUUCUAAAAAUCAAUCUACAAUAGAUUCCGAUCGAGACUAUUUAGCAAAUGUCAUUAGUGCUGCAGCCCAAUUUAAAGCAAAAAUUGUCACUCUUGAUGAAAGAGAAGGUGGUUUAAGGGGUCUCCUGAAUUUUGGUCAUUCGAUAGGUCAUGCAUAUGAAGCAAUCUUAUCCCCUGAAUGGCUUCAUGGAGAAUGCGUAUCCAUCGGGCUUUUGCAUGAAGCUGAGUUAUCCCGAGACCUUGGUCAUUGUGAUCAAGAUGUCGUUGAUAGGCUUAAAGAGUGUUUAAAAUUAUAUAAUUUACCUACUGAAUUUGAUACGAGAACAAAGGAAAAAUUAUCUAUGGCUGAUGUCAUGAACAUAAUGAAGGUAGACAAGAAAAAUAGGGGUACUCAGAAAAGGAUUGUCUUGCUAAGUUCUAUUGGUAAAACAUUAGAACAAAGAGCAACGGAUGUACCUGAUUCUGCUAUUGAAGCUCUAUUAUCAAAAUAUAUAGCCUCUACUAUGCAUAGAUCAGUAACUACUACGAUAAGUCAAAAGUCCGAAUCUGAAACUUUUUCUUCUUCAUUCGAUAAUGAUAUUCAACUUCCAAUGAGAAAGAUAUCAUUAGAACUGAUUGCAACAUCACAUGAUAUAUUUGAAAUUAUCACAUCUCUUCUUCCCCUUUCGGCUUUAAAAGAAAAAAGAGUGACUGAUGGUUUUAUUGAGAUCAAGGAAGAAGAACAUAAAAUUAUUUGUACAAGUCAAUCAUCUGAUAAAUGGGUUCAUAUUUACUUUACUAAAGAACCAGGCACAACGUGUCCAUUAAAUGAACAUGAAAAUUGGUUUGAAUAUGUUCUCUUAACUAAAGAUCAACAACAACAAGAGGAUAUUUUACAAUUUAUUGAUAUCAUCUGCAGUCGUCAUACUACAAAGCAUCAUAUUGACCCAUCAAAGAAAGGAGCUCAGACUACAUUUUUGACGCCUACUAUCUCCAACUAUGAUUCUAUAGAACCUUGUCUCUUCCAGCAAUGGAUCGAAAAUACAGAUGCAGUUGAAUUCCGUGUGGAUCAUUUGCAACCUCCCUCUGAUACUUUACAUGAUUGGAUAACAACAACGGGGGAACAAUUAUUUCAUUUACGUCAAUUGACAAAGUUACCUAUCGUCUAUACUGUUCGUACUAUAGCACAGGUUGGGAGAUUUGACCCCUCUCUUGGUUCUGACCAUUAUCUUCAACUUCUUCAAUGGGGCCACCGUUGGGGGUGUAAUUAUGUUGAUCUUGAAAUGACAGCUCAAGGUCUGGAAGAGAUCAUGCGACUUAACCAAUAUUAUCCAUGCACUAAAUUGAUCGCCUCCUUUCAUGAUCAAUCCACUUGGUCAAGUUCAGGUAUGACUCAAGUUUAUAAUCAAGCGAAACAGUUAUUUGAAAGAUAUAAUCAUAAGGGGGUCAUUAAACUUGUAGGCUAUGCGAAAUCAUUUUGGGAUAAUAUAGAAUUAGAACAAUUUAGACAUCAAGUCGAUCCUAAUAAUGAUAAGGAAAUCAUUCUUAUCAAUAUGGGUCCUCAAGGUAAAUUGUCAAGGGUCACCAAUCAUUUCUUAAGUCCAGCUACUCAUCCUACACUUCCUUUUACUGCUGCUCCUGGUCAAUUAUCGAUUACCGAAAUGUCAUUUCUUCGUAAAAAGUUGGCUAUGGAAUGA